AAAGUUCCGUUUUAAGAUUCAUUGGGGUAAAGUUAACUGGACGCUUCUGACUGAUCUUGGAACUGUGACAAUGGGCAGCCUCUCCCCGCUUGUUUGAUCUGAGACAAAAUAUCCACAGGGAAGCCUUAUCAACCCAACCUUCAGUAUGCUAUCCUGUAUAUCAGUUUUUCGCAUGAGACAAACACUUGUACAAUAUGGCCGAGCCUAACCAAACCACAGACCGAACAUUGUCCCACGCAAUCAGCUGGCAAAUUUGACAAACACUUCCAGCUGAUUGCAAGGAAACGUGCUUCGGUUGACUACCUUCGGUUACAUUAAGCUAUUGUUUACAUAUUGUUCAUCACGCGCAUUACAUCAGGAGAUUGAAAAUACAAGUGACAGAACCUACCACCGCAGCAAAAAGUCAGUUCAAAGAAAGCUAACAAGGUGAAGAAGGCAGGAGCUCAGCUCAAGAAUGCCCUUCCAGGUCAGGAUAAGGACACUGUGUCGACAAUCCAGAGGGGCAUUCAUUCAAAGGGAAGCAGAGUCAAAUCUGGCACUACUCGAAACACUAGCAAACUGGCAAGGUAAGUUUAUAGGGGAACCCCUUUCUUAAAAUGACUCAGUCCAGUCAAAUCCUUAACACUUUAACUCUCCACAGCCCUCAAGAAGGAGGCUUGAAGUCUAAACCACACACACACUCCUCCACACAGAGGCAGGAGAAGCGAGAGGUUCAGCGAACGUCCCCAUGUUGCGGUGAGUUAGAUCAGAACCAUGGGGUACUGGGCCGAAGUCGGAAAGCUCUCUCUCUGCCCCUCUCCCCUAUACCUGGGCUGCGCCAGGGGCCAAUGCGGCUUCACACACACACUCAAGUCCCCACCCUGGAGUCUCUCAGGCAGUUUGAGCAGAAGGAAGUCGACUCGGACAGCGCCAGUGACCUGUCAGACUCAGAGAGACUACCUGUACUCCCCUCCCCCUGUACCCCCUGCACCCCACCCCAUCUCAACCUCCGUGCUGAAGUGAUCAACUCCAGCGACUUCCCCCCAGCCUUCCCAGGACCACACGGGGCCACGAGCGACAACGAGAGCGUCAGCUACAACUACCCUGACUUCCUGCCUCCUCCCUUCAACACCUGGAGUCUACGCCAGCUGGCUGUGUUCCUCCACACGGAGGGCCGAGGCGCACCUCGCCCCAAACCUGUGGGGCCCCUGGAGAAGUACCUGGAGAGGCUGCUGCAGUUGGAGUGGCUCCAGAUCCAGACUGUGCAGGCGGAGACCUGCCGACCUGCGGGGGGCCGUCCUAGGGCCCUGGGCUUCCCAGCUGCCACCACCACGAACGCACCUCGGCCCCACACGGCGCCACCCAGCCGCCUCAGCUCCCCCAAAGGCCUGCGGCAGUGUCAGCGCGCCUUCCCGUUUGCCCCUCACAACCCCCCCUCGCUGGCAGCACAGCAGCUCGCCCGCCUCCCUGUCUGCCCCCAUUGUCACAUCCGCUACCCUCUGUGCAACGGGAGCUGCUCCUCCUACGCCUACCAGCGCCACUCGCGCCUCAGUCCCCUGCUGGAGCGCCGAGCCAGGCCCGGGGUUCCCCCGAAGAGGAGCAGCAGUGAGAGCCGGGUCACUUCCUCUGAGAGUAGGGCUACAGGCUGCAGUGGAGGAGGACAGACUCCAGGUAGCCCCUCGGCAGGAAGAAGCCACGUCAGACACAUGCAGGCGGUUGGCAACAUCCGCAAACCCGCCCAGGAGCCAGGCACUAACGGUACAGGUCAUGCCGGUGUGAAGAAAGGCCGCGCCAGAGCCAAUUCGGAAGCCGAGGUGAGGAAGGAGUCCAGUACGGCUAAGGCAGGUGUGGAGAAACACACACACUCUGGAAGUAAACGAGAGUCUAACACGAUCAAGAGGGUCGAGAAAGACUGUCAGAGGACAGAAACAGGAAGUCAGGCAUCUAAAAGUGGGGUUAAAAGAACAGUAAAAGAGCCACUCUCUCUCUUCAAGGCACCGUUGUCUGCCAAAGCGAAUGGAAAAGCAAAGAAUGUUCACUUUAUUGCAAAGUAACCACAUUUCCUGGCUCAGUACAAGAGCUUAAAGUUAUGCUUGAUAAAGUUCUAUAUAAUAUACAGUGCCUUCAGAAAGUGUUCAUAUCCUUUUACUUUUUGUCGUGUUACAGCCUGAAUUCAAAAUGGAUUAAAUCUAUUUUUUUCUC